AUGUUAUAAACAAUAUAAGCAAUAUUCGGACUAUUUGUGCUACUUAAGAUCUUCUAUUAUUUUAUAAUGCUCUUCUUAAAGUGUUUUGGCAUAGUAAAAUGGGAAGAUGACACUCCUCAAUAAUAAAAUUAGUUAUAGCGAUAAGAAGUAUAAAAUUCAUCAAUUGUCUCAAAUUCUAAUCAAGGGAAAAAGGAGAAUGAUAAAACUAAAAAGAAUAAAUCAAGUAAGCAAAAAAAAUAGGAAAAGGCUCUGAAAAGUUUGUUAGAAAAGAAGCAAGAGGAGGUGAAGUAGAAAUAAGAUGAGCCAAAGCAAGUUGUCACUUAAUAACAAAUUGAGUUUCACAGAAUGGAAAUGCAACGAUUAUAGGAUUUAAAAAGAAUAGAGGAAACUCUGCGUCAAGAAUAGAAAAAAGAAAUUGAAAGAUAAGUCUAAAUAAAAUUGGAAGAAUUGACCAAUAAAUUGUAAAACAAUUAACUUGUUAAUAAAGUGUAAAACAAAUAACCUGUUAAAAAGUAGCAAUAAAAAAAAAGUAAAAGGUGA